AUGCCCGAAGUCUUCAACUUCCCGGGCUUGACCCUCACCAUCGAUGCCGCCAAGGUGAAGAUCUCCUACAAAGAUCCCUCCGGCGACCACGUCUCCCUCCAGUGGGACACGGCCACCUCCGAAGCAAAAAGCUACAAGCAAGGCUGCUUCGAGCUCACCGUCCGCCCCGGCGGCUUCAUCGAAAUCUCCUGCGUCGGCGCCCUCGGCGACUUCACCUUCGUCUUCCAGCCCUCCGAGCCCAUCGCCUCUCCUCCACCCUCCACCCGCCCACCCAGCCGCCACCACCGCACCCCCAGCAAAACCAUGAGCGACGCAAGCGACGACCAACCCCUCUUCGUCCCCGCCGCGCCCUCCACCCCCAAGACCAAGCCCAAACACCUGCGUGCCCCGUCCGCCUCCCCCAUGGGUCCCCCUCUCCCGCAAUCCCGCGGUCCAACCCCCAAGUCCACCACCACCGCCCCAACAGCCCGCAUGCGCACCCUCGCAUCCUCCCCCUCCGGAGACGUAUCCAUGGAUACACAUGACCCUGUCCCCCGUGUACGCACAACGUCGGCCGUCUGCUCUCCUUCAGCGGAGCAAGACGUCACUAGCGCCAAUACGGCGCGCAAGCACUUGCCCACUCUCGCGCAGCAUCAUAUCAAUGAGCGCAUCAAGGGGAAGAGGGAGAGGGAGGAGGCGAGGGAGAGGGCGGCGGCGGUGCGGGCGCGGAGGAAUAUGUAG